AGAAAAAAUUGUUGAUUCUGCGUAUACGCAUCAUUUGUGAACGAUCUCCAUCUCCAAAUGAAUGAAGUAGUCAAAUAGUCAUAAAGGAGCAUUGUCCACAAUUUAUGUAAAUCGAAAACCUGUUCGGGUUUUUUAAAACUUUUCAGAACAAAAAUCGUAACAAAAAUAGACUACAUAAAAGUACUGCAAGCCACUAAUGAACGGUUAGUCGUUAUUGGAGCGUAUCAUAAAUAACAUCAAAUAGAAAACUUUGUAUUUCGAUUCCGAUCAUCUAAGGCAAUGAUGGCUGCUGUUCGAAAUAGCUUGUUUUUGGUUGUAAUUCUGAUUUGUAUUUGUCUUAGUCGGGGAUUGGCUGAAAGAAAUUGGUUGAAUUGCUUCGGAGGAGAAAUUAGACCGGUGAAAGCCAUCGCUUUCAUAAACUCUACCAGUGUUAAAGGUACCGUGAUUUUCACACAAGCUAAUUGUCUGUCACCAGUUACAGUGCAGGUUUCCUUAACGGAUCUUAAACCGGGUGAUCACGGAUUUCACGUUCACGAAAAAGGUGAUGUGUCCGGAGGAUGUACGUCAAUGAUGUCUCACUAUAACCCAGACAUGAAUAACCACGGCGGUUUGACCGAUAAAAUCCGUCAUGAGGGUGACAUGGGCAAUAUUCAAGCCAAUGCCGAUGGAAUGUCGAGCAUGACAAUUGUUGACAACUAUAUCACAUUGAGCGGAUCGAGGAGCAUCAUUGGACGUGGCUUGGUGAUCCAUGAAAAAAUGGACGAUUUGGGGAAAGGCGGUGCUUCGGAUUCGCUGACAACCGGAAACGCUGGGGGCCGAAUUGGCUGUGGUGUUAUUGGUUAUAUGUAGUGGGGUGUGUCGUAGAUCAACGGAUUGUGUAGUUUUGACAAAUUAAAGGAAAUUAAAAUAUUUUUGUCGUG